ACUACCGAAAACUUCAAAACUGAAGGAUGAGCAAGAAAUACGGGUAUUCAACAAUAUUCAACAUUCUGUAAUAGCUGAUGCAAUAACGAACAUGAGCAGCGUAACAUACAUUUUGGACAAUGGAGGAUACAUGGCAAAAGUAGGCCUUUCUAGCGAUACUCCGAAACUGGUUCCGAAUUGCAUUAUGAAAGCGAAGAGUGAGCGACGAAGACCCUUUGUCGGUAAACAAAUCGACGAAUGUCGCGACGCGUCCGGCUUAUUUUACAUAUUACCGUUCCAAAAAGGGUAUUUGAUUAAUUGGGACAUUCAAAAAACCGUUUGGGAUUAUAUUCUAUCAAAAGAAUGCUGUCCGGCCAAUCUUAGCCAGAUGCCUACGAUAGUAACGGAACCUCUAUUCAACUUUCCGUCUAUCCAAGAAGCAAUGACAGAAAUAUUUUUCGAAGAAUACGAGUGCCAAAGUCUACUUAGGAUAAAUGCCACUGGAUUAUCUUGUUACAACUAUAGGCAUAAGAAUCCAAAUACUAAAUGCUGCCUUAUAGUUGAUAGUGGAUACAGCUAUACACAUGUCGUGCCUUAUGUUAACGGCGUAAAGGUCAAGGAAGCAAUAAGGCGAAUUGAUGUAGGUGGAAAAUUGUUGACAAAUCACUUGAAGGAAAUAAUUUCCUAUCGCCAGUUACACGUUAUGGAUGAAACCUACGUUGUAAACCAAGCUAAGGAAGACUCCUGCUUUGUGUCGCAAGACUUUUACAAAGAUAUGGAAGAAGCUAAGCUAAACUUGGAAAACAAUACAAUAGCUCGGGAUUAUGUUCUACCUGAUUACACAACACUCAGGAGAGGAUUUCUUAGAAAACCAGAAAUUUCUGGAGAACAGCAGACCUUACGCUUGAAUAACGAACGUUUUGCUAUUCCUGAAAUUCUCUUUCACCCAUCGGAUGUCGGAAUACAGCAAAUGGGUAUUCCUGAAGCAAUAGUUAACAGUGUAAAAGCUUGCAAUGAAGAAACAUGGCCCCAUCUCUAUAUGAAUAUAGUUUUGACUGGAGGUAAUGCCAAGUUUCCUGGCUUCAAAGAUCGAAUUUUAAAGGAGGUCAGAAGCCUUUGCUCGUCGGAGUUCACAGUAAACAUUACGUUACCUGAUGACCCCAUUACUUAUGCUUGGGAAGGUGGAAAAGCGAUUUCUAAAGACCCAGUAUUUUGUAAUAUGGUAGUAACGCGUGAAGAAUAUGAAGAAGAAGGCCAAGCACUUUGUUAUGAACGAUUUGAUGUUUAAUUUAUUCUUAUUCAAUGAUCACUUUCUAAGAAAUAAAAACUGAAGAUUUUUACAACAAAGCAUGUAUUUUUUAAAACUAUUAUCGGAGUACCACAGAAGCUGCUUGUAACCAAGUACAAGUUUUAGUUACAUUAUUUACUAAAAACCAUUAUAACAUAUUGACAUUCUAGAACGAUUUGUUAUUUGUAAAAGCUUUUAAUUUCAAAAAAUAGGUUUUGGAGAAAUGAGACCGAACACAUGUGUCAAAAAGAAAAUGUUACAGCUUCAUUGUUCAUUGUUUGCUUGAAAUAAA